AUGAAAAGGAAAAGAGAGGAAAACACACAACAAAUCUUUCACCAAUGCAAUCUCACGAAACAGCAAGAUGGAACUUUUCGUGUUGACAACAUGAAAGGGAAGAUUUUACAAAAACUAAUCAGCGAAACGAGAUUUAGUGAGAUAGAGACAAUUUGUUUUCAAAAUCAUUGCAUCGACAAGGAUACGGCGUCUGCUUUAAUUCAACUUGGAAAAGCAAAAUGCGAAGAAAAAAUCGAAGUAACACCGAAAAGCAUCGUUUUGAAGGAACUCAUAAACGAAGGAUAUAAAGUUCGAUCAACAACAAAAGGAUACAUCGCGGUUGGAGACGUGCAAAUGAGAGAAUCACUUUUAAUGGUCGUUCCACCAAAUCAAAAAGUUGAAUUUUUCAAAAGUCAACAAAUUGAUAAAAAGAUUGAGAGUGUUGGAAUGACGAAAGGUUUAAAAGAGGAAAAAAAUAAGAAGAAUGCAAAAAAUAUUAUUGACAGAGUAUCGCACGUUGCUGUCGUGGACAAAGACGUUGUUGUGUUUGUAUCAGUCAAACAGUCGAACCUUCUUGAUUGA